CACAAAGAAAAGGAGGGAGAUGACCAAAUCUGUGUUGUUUUGUUUGUGAAGAGAGCUGCUGGGCUUCAUUCCAACAUUUUUGCCUCUCAAAACUGCUCCACCAUGAACCUCUCGGACCACAUUUCAUCCCUCUUCAGCUGUAACGUCAGCCAGAGUGAGAAGCCGCAGCUCGACAUAAGUGUCACCAAACGAGAGCCGCUGACAAUUGCCAUCCCCAUGACCAUCUUCUACAGCAUCAUCUUCUUGUCUGGAGUCUUAUUCAAUGGUGUGACCAUACUGACUCUCCUAAUGGAUGCUCAUAUGAAAGUCAGCGCCAUUCGUUUCUAUCUUAUCAGCCUGGUCAUGUCAGACUUUCUGCUGCUGUUGACCAUCCCAGUGACUUUGUAUCGGUACUACUGGGAGAGCUACCCAUGGCGUCUGGGUCAAACAGUAUGCAAAGUCUACUUCAUGGUCCGCCAGGUGUACUGUGCCACCACCAGUUGGGUUAUCAUGACCUUCACCACUGAGCGCUAUGCUGCCAUCUGCCACACCAUGUGGUCUGUCUCCAGCCUGAAGAAGUCUCGGCUGCCAUGCCUUCUUUCAGUAUGGGUCAUUUCUUUGGUCUCUGCAGUACCCUUUGCUCUGGUCUAUAACCAGGCUCGAGCCUGCAUCCUCGACUACACGGCCGCUACACGAGAAGACGCCUUCCAUGUCUCCACCAUGUGUGAGAUGACAGAGCCUGAUCCUGCGCACAUUUACAAAGGAGCUUUACUCCUGAGAGCGGGGGUCUUCUUUCUGGUCCCACUGGUCUCCAUCUUCACUCUUUAUCUGCUUAUCCUGCUCUACCUGAAGCGUAAUGGACUUCAGAGGAGAAACAUGGGCCUCACACAGCAGGAUCCAGAAGGAAGAAGGGACAUCCAGUGCCAUCAAAAUGGAAAACUACUUUUAAAUGAAAAGAGAGCUCUAAAACUUAUGGGUGCAGUCGUGGUGGCCUUUUUUGUUUGCAAUUUUCCAGACAUUGCGUCGUCACUGAUGCAGGUCUAUGUGGUCGUGUGGUCUGAUACAGUCGAUUCUGUCUACACAGUCCUGAAAACGUACUUGGCGCUUCCUCUGUGGUAUAUCAAUGGUGCUCUGGACCCGCUGCUGUUCUGUAUUUCAUCCCACACAUUCCGCAGGGCGUGUUGGAGAACUCUACGUAGGCUGAGACCUCACUGCUACUGGAAGAAUAGUAGACUGUUUUGGAUGUGGCAGAGAAGUUCUAGUGAGGAAGCAAGCACAUCAACCAGGGAGAGAGUUCAUGGUAAAUGCCAUAAAGAGAAAUUGGACAAAAAAAGAAAUAUAAUCAAGAACAAAUCAGCUAAGAGACAUGAUGAUAGCAAUUAAAGCCAUUUUCAACAGGAGCUGCAGAUACACUCACUCUGAAUUGCUAACUAUUUCCUCUCUUUCUGUUCCUUUUGCUAUUUUGAUUAAGAUUAAGAUUAGAUUUAUUUGUCAUUGCACACAUUGCUCACAUACUGGACUCAUAAUAAAUAGUCAGUAAAAAAAAUGCAUUCUCAUCAUCUCAUCACUCAGUACAUUCAAGUCGUCAUACACUAUGCCAUCAACUUAGUGCCAAUUUAAUGCAUUAAAACAGUAGUGCAAGAUAUAUAAAAUGCAGAGCAUUGCAUUAGGUGUGGAUGUCCCUGAUUAGUGCUGUCGGACCAGUGGGUGUGUUUUCAGGUCUGAGUUGAGUAUGGUGAUAGCUUUGGGAUAGAAACUGUAUCUUGUGGUGCGUGGUGUAAU